AUGCUCUCUCGCAGGCAACUUCCAUUAGCGUGGAUUACACUCCUCAUUUUAAUGUGCAUCGUCAGCACUGUAUUCGCAAAGAAGCACCACCACGAUGACGAUGACGACGACGAUGAUGAUGAUUACGAUGAUGACGAUGAUGACAAGAAGGUUGUAACAGAAGAGCCUGAAUUCACCACUCCCUCAGAUGAAAAGUGGCUGGAAGAUCUUGACUUGGAUGACAUUGAGGGUCGUGUGCGUCCUGUUGGCUCUGGUGUGUGUGAAAAUGCUAAAUGUGAUGGUAGUGACAACGAUCGCUGCUUUGAAAGCUGUGGCAACAUGGCUACUGAAGACGAUAUCUAUGGCUGUCCUUCGGAGAAAACUUGGGCUCUUACCUUUGAUGAUGGACCUAGUAACUUUACUACUGAUCUGCUCGACAUCUUGGACAAGGCUAAUGUCAAGGCUACUUUCUGUGUUAUGGGUGCUCAUGCCAAGCAAUACCCCGAAAUCAUCAAGCGUGCUUACGACGCUGGCCACCAGAUUGCCUCUCACACUUACUCCCAUCCUCAUCUCAUGAGUUUGAGCAACGAGAAGAUUGUGUAUGAAGUCAGAGCUACUGAAGAAGCAAUCGAGGCUGCUAUUGGUGUCAAGCCUCGUUACAUUCGUCCUCCUUAUGGUGAAGCUGAUGCUCGCGUCAAGUCUAUCCUCAAGAAAAUGGGCUACAAGACUUUGAUGUGGAAUGUGGAUCCCACUGACUAUAAUGUGCAUAUGCUCAAGGACGGUGCUGAACGUAUCCAACGUGCUUUUGAAGACAUUGCUUCUGGUAAACCUAGCCCCUUGAACGCUCAUAACGAUAGUGGAUUCAUCAGUUUACAACAUGAUUUGUAUCCAACAUCCAUUGGACAAGUGUCCAAGAUCAUUGAAGCUCUCCGUUCCAAGGGAUUCAAGCUGAGCACUGCUGCUGAAUGCGUAGGUGAUAGAAGGCCUCAUGCUUCUGAUGACGAUGACGAUGACGAUGACGAGGAGGAAGAAAAGAAGAAGCAUGACGAGGAGGAAGAAAAGAAGAAGCACGACGAGGAAGAACAGAGGAAGCACGACGAGGAAGAAAAGGAGAAGAAUCAUGAUCAUGAUGACGAUGAUGAGGACGACGAUGAUGAGUACAGCGAAGAUGCUCUAAAGAUCAAAGAAGACUCAUUUGCUGCCUCUGGAUUACAGUCUGGAUCAGACUCUGAAAAGAAUCAACAGCAAGAAGCUAUCUCUGCUGCAAAUUCCGUUACUUUCUCGGCUGCUGCUAGCUCCAUUUUAGCUGCUUGCGGUAUCCUUAUCAACUAUCUGAUUUAA